AGCGGAAGUGUUUACGAUACUAACAUGGCUGCCUCCCUUGGAUCCCAACGUGAUAAUAAAUGGUGACAAAUUAUUACAAUGAGUACCUUAAUGUGAUCUUUAAAUUCAUCGUCAAACCUUUCUGAUUACUUCAAAACGUGGCACGGCAACAUUUGGAGUUGCGGGAUUCAUUACUAAGGCACACACGUCUAUUCUCUAUAAAUUUCACCACGGGAUCAAGAAAUGGCGUCAUUCAAACCUACACGAAUCCAGGUGUACCCCAAGUUGGGAGAGAAAGUCACACAGGACACUCUCUACUGGAAAAACUACAAGGCUCCAGUGCAGAUAAAAGAGUUUGGGGCGAUCACAAGUAUAGACUUCUCGCCUUUAGCGCCACACACCUAUGCUGUAACAGCUUCCACAAGGGUUCACAUAUAUGGACCAUUCUCCCAAGAGCCAGUAAAGACCUUUACACGAUUUAAAGAUACAGCGUACAGCGGCAGGUUCCGAUCAGAUGGCCAGUUGCUUGUGGCGGGGUGCGAGGACUCGGCAGUUCGACUGUUCGAUGUCAGUGGCAGGGUGGCCAUCAGAAUGUUCAAAGGACAUACAAAGGCUGUACAUGUAGCUGACUUCACCUCGCAUGGCUAUCAGAUCCUGACGGGGUCAGAUGACUAUACAUGCAAGCUUUGGGAUAUCCCCAACUCUGCUGAACUGACCUCUUACAAAGAGCAUACAGAUUACAUCCGCUGUGGAAUAACAAGCAAACUCAACAGAGAUCUCUUCUUUACUGGUUCAUAUGACCACACUCUUAAACUGUUUGAUGCAAGGGUUGACAAGAGUGUGAUGAACAUGGACCACGGCCAGCCUGUGGAAAGUCUUCUUCUUUAUCCUUCAGAAGGACUCCUGGUCUCUGCAGGGGGCCGAUAUGUGAAAGUGUGGGAUCUUCUGAAAGGAGGUCAGCCCCUUGUUUCUCUAAAGAACCACCAUAAAACCGUCACCAGUUUGUGUCUCGGCAGCAAUGGGCAGAGAUUGCUGUCCGCCUCUUUGGACAGACACGUGAAAGUGUACAGCACGACCAACUACAAAGUCGUCCACAACUUUGAUUACGCCGCGUCUAUCCUGAGUUUGGGCUUGGCUCCAGACGACGAGUCCGUUGUCGUGGGAAUGACCAAUGGCAUUCUGAGCAUCAAACACAAGAGGACCCCUGAAGAUUCAAAGGGUGCAGUUCAGCAGAAGCGCCAGCCAGCAUAUCGCAUUUUUGUUAAGGGGAAGAAUUAUGUUCCUAAACAGGAAGAUUACUUGGUCAGUAAGCCAGUAAGGCAAUAUUUGGCCAAGUAUGACAAACUGCUCAGGAAGUUUAAUGUGUCCAAGGCAUUGGAUGAAGCUAUGGAGCAAUGGACAAGACUCAGGAAAUCUGAGAUCCCAAUGGCCGUGAUCAAGGAGCUGGACAGAAGAGGAACCCUGAAGAACGCUCUGGCAGGGCGAGACGAAAAGGAGCUCUGCCAGUUGCUGAGCUUUGUCAUAAUGAACUUGGUUGACACCAGGUUCACUGCCACCCUCACCACGAUGGCUGAGAUGCUCCUGGACAUCUAUCAGUCCACCGUCGGCAUGUCGUCGCUGGUGGACAGACAACUGCUGCGUCUGCAGGAGCUGCUGGACAAGGAGACGGAGUACCAGCAGGAGCUCAUGGAGGUCCUGGGAAUGUUGGACGUGCUGUUUGCCUCCGCCCACCCCAGGAAGGAGGUGACCCUCCCUGGUGACGGGGCCAAUGGUCUGGCCAAGGGAGGGAUCCCUCAUCGGCCAGAAAUACAGGCAUCAUGAGAGGAUGUGGGACCAAGGCUCUGGAAUACCUAAUCAGGACAUCAGUGCCAGAGAAUUUAAUAAACGGAAGGAAGCUUAAUGAUGUGAUAGAACCUGCCAUGGACAUCAACUACAUGAAAAAAAACAUUUCCAUACACUUUGUUGACGUUUUAACACAAAACCUAUGAAGCCACAUUGGUCAACAAAGGGCAUGUUUUCUUAAUGUAUACAUACAUUUAUGUAUAAGCCAUUUUCUGGAUGUUUGGUAUUGUGUGAGGCUUAUAUGGGAACUAAAUGUCUAAGUUUCCAUUGUAAAUGUUUAGUAUGAUAUCGAUUUGUAUGAUAUCGUAUGAUAGUAUGAUAUCGAUUUGCUGAUAUCUACCUUGUAUUAUGAUAUAUUCCAAAGUUUUUGUAAGAAGAUGGGAUUAAAACGAUGUAAUAG